GGUCUGGCAGGUCUGCAGGGUUCGUGAAAAGAAAAGACGCCUGAAAAAUUUGUGUCACUGCUUAAACCGUGCAACUAACUAAUUUUGUGUGCAGUUUGCGGCAUUGCUAUUUAGUUGUUAUCUCCAUUAACUAUUAAGUGUGUGAAUUUGCCAAUUGUGAAAGCAUAACAGUGUCACUAUGGAAGACCUCGCCAGAGCCCGUGAGUGCGAGCUCGCCGAGAAGAAAAUCUGCCGCUUCUGCUUGACUGGGGAGAAAAUAGCCUCGCUUUUUGCGGAAAACUCUAGCGUCAAGUCGACUGCAUCGCUACCACUGCUGAUAAUGGCCCUCACAUCCACCGAGGUGAGCGCUGAUGACAAAAUGCCCAGCUACAUUUGCCUCGACUGCCAUCUGCUGUUCGAGCACAGCUACCGCUUUAUGCAGAUGUGCAAGCGUGCGGAGACAGCGCUGCGGCAAUAUCCGCUGACUGGAACGCUGCCAGCACCGAUGGAGAAACCACGUCCACCGACCAAGAAUCCGACUGUGGUCACUGCGGGCAAAGCGGCCGACGCUCAGCCCAGGAAACUGCUCAACACGCUGGCCAACUCCAAGACGGUGAUCAUUGAGGAUGUCCAGGUGCUGGAGACGAGUUUGCUGGCCAAAAAGCUGGCCACAGCGUCCACACGCUCCAAUUCAUAUCAGAUGAAGGUGGAGAACAACCAGGAGCUGUCCAUGGAUGACAUACAGAACAUGAUGGAUGAUAUGGACAAAGAAGUGGAAGAGGAGGCAGCGGAAGCAUCUGUGGCAGCUGCAACGUCGCCGCCAGCAGCUGUGCCGCCCGUUCAGCAGAAAUUGCCCAACAAGCCAAAGGUGCUGAACAAACCCUCCGUGCGGAUAUUGAACAAAGGCGCUGCAGUGGCCGUGGAGCCCGAACUGGCCACGAAACAGAUCAAACGUGGACGGGAUGGCAAUGUGGCAAUUGUCACGGAGAUUAUAGGCCCCAAUACGGUGCCCCAACUAGAGGAUGCCACCAAGGACGCUGCCAUCGUGGCGACCAAUGUGUUUCCCUGCCCGGACUGCGAGCGCUCCUUUCCGCUGCUGCAGCUGCUCGAGAUUCAUCGCCUGAAUCAUACGCGCGCACGCAGCUUCCAGUGCGCCGACUGCAGCAAGGCGUUCUUCUCCAAGUACGAUCUGCAGAAGCAUCGAUUCAUACACACCGGCGAGAAGCCGUUCGCCUGCAGUGUCUGCGACAAGGCAUUCACGCGUCGGGCGCUGCUCCAUCGCCACGAGAGCACGCACACGGAUCUGCCGAAGUUCAUUUGCGUGCACUGCGAGAAGCCGUUCCUGUCGCGCGAGGACAUGACGAAGCAUGCCGAAAGGCACACCAAGUCCCGGCCAUUCCGCUGCACCAUGUGCAGCAAGUCGUUUGCCUUCAAGCAGGGCCUGGAGCGGCAUGAGGUGGUCCACAGCUUGAAUCUGCUUCCCUGCGAGCACUGCCCCCGGAGCUUCGUUACUUCGAGCAAACUGGCCCGCCAUUUGGUGGCCCAUGCGGGCAAGCGUGCCUAUCCCUGCAAAUAUUGCUCCAAGUCGUACAUUCUCUCGCAUCAUUUGUCGCGGCAUUUGCGCAUGCACAAGCAGGAUUCCGGCGCCUCGUUUGCCUGCAGCAUUUGCAGGGAGUCGCACCAGAGCUACGACAGCCUCAUCGAGCACUCGGUGCAGCACGCGAACUUGUCCCUCAAGUGUCCGCUGUGCAACGAGAAGAUCCACGACAUUGCCGCCGUGGAGGGCCACAUGACGACGCACAAGGAGGGCGAACGCUUUGCCUGCGAGUUCUGUGACUUGAUCUUCCUCAGCUCGGAUCGACUGCAGAAACACAUCGAGGAUGAGCAUGUGCUGGACAUGGACAUGUACCAGAACGAUGGGGACAGAGUCUCGAUCCAGAGCGAUGCCGAGGCAGAGUUUGACCCACAUGAAGCCGAGCUGGACGAGGCGGAGCAAAAGUUUCUGCUGCAGGAGCUGCUGCGCGAUGAGCAGCCAGCAUCGCCACCGCCGCCGGUCAAGAAGCGCAAAGUGGAGGCCACGGACGCCAUUGUGAUACCCAAGCGCACCCGGCAGGCGCGUCUGGCAGAUGUCGCCCCGGCAGAGACUUCUCACAAGACCAGACAGCAGGCAGCGGCAACGAGGAAGGGCUCGGGACGUUCGCUGAUCAAAAAUGGAAAUUCAGCGACAAAUUCCAGCCAUUAAAUUGUACAUUCAACCAUCAGUAGAGGUAGCCUACAGCUGGCUACACAUUAAACGAAAUAUUUCUUAGUGUUAUUCGCCCGAA